AUGACAACUACACAGGCUCCAACCACGACGGAAACCCAGCCUAUCACAACGAGAUACAACAUUGGUAGGAACUACACCACCGCCAUCGACAAUGGAAACUACGCAGACACCUACCACGAUGUACACUACAGCCUCGACAACAACAAUAACAUCUACACAGAAACCAACCACUACAGCUUUGACAACCGCAAUGACAUCUACACAGACUACAGCAGAGGCUACGACAACGAUGGAAACUACACAUAUUCAAACUACAGCAAAAACUACACAGCCUUUUACAACAGUGGUUACAACUAUGUCGUCCUCAUCUACGGAGGGAAGUACGGUGUAUUCAAGCACGGUGCCACCCAAGGUGACAACCACCGUAGAAACUACACAGCCUACAACAUCUCUAGAAACAACGCAGCUGAGUUCUACUGUUAUUCCAUCCACGGUGAGGACUACACAGCCAACGACCAACGUGGGAACUACACCGUCUACAAGCACGAAACUACACCAUCAUUGGCAAUAGACGACACCACAGAGUCACUAUCAACUGUUGAACCCACGUAUUCAGGAUACAACAUUGGUAGAAACAACGCCAUCGCCAUCAACAAUGAAAACUACACAGCCUACGUCUACAGUGAAAACUACACAGCCUACAUCUACAGUAAAAACUACACAGCCUACAUCUACGGUAGAAACUACACAGCCUACAUCUACGGUAGAAACAACACAGCCUACAUCUACAGUGAAAACUACACAGCCUACAUCUACGGUCAAAACUACACAGCCUACAUCUACAGUGACAACUUCACAGCCUACAUCUACAGUAAAAACUACACAGCCUACAUCUACAGUGAAAAAUACAACAUUGGUAAAAACAACGCCAUCGCCAUCAACAAUGAAAACUACACAGCCUACGUCUACAGUGAAAACUACACAGCCUACAUCUACAGUCAAAACUACACAGCCUACAUCUACAGUCAAAACUACACAGCCUACAUCUACGGUAGAAACAACACAGCCUACAUCUACAGCAAAAACUACACAACCUACAUCUACAGUAGAAACUACACAGCCUACAUCUACAGUCCAAACAACUCAGGAGUAUACAUCCACCAUGGAAACAACGCAACCUUCAACCACAAUGACCCCGUAUACAUCAACCAUGGAAACUACGCAACCUCCAACCACAGUGAAAACUACUCAGGUGCCGUCAACAAAGCCUACAACAACUGUACAAAGUACGCUGCCUACAACAACUACACAGCACCCAUCUACGGUGAAAACUACACAGCAUCAAUCUACGGUGGAAACUACACAGCAUCAGUCCACGGUGGAAACUACACAGCACCCAUCUACGGUGGAAACCACACAGCACCCGUCUACGUUAAAGACUACAAAGUAUCAAACUACGUUCGGAACUACACAGCCUAUAUCUACGAAGAAAACUACUCUGUCUACAUCUACGAUGGAAACUACACAGCCUACAUCUACAGUGGAAACUACACAGGAGCCAUCUACGGCGAAAACUACACCGGGGCCAUCUACGGAAACGAUGGCAACAACUCAGCCCCUAUCUACGGAGAAAACCACGCAGCAUACAUCCACCAUGGAAACAACGCAACCUUCAACCACAAUGAAAACUACACAGUAUACAUCCACCAUGGAAACAACGCAACUUUCAACCACAAUGAAAACUACACAGUAUACAUCCACCAUGGAAACAACGCAACCUUCAACCACAAUGAAAACUACACCGUAUACAUCCACCAUGGAAGCAACGCAACCUCCAACCACAGUAAAAACUACUCAGGUGCCGUCAACAAAGCCUACAACAACUGUACAAAGUACGCUGCCUACAACAACUACACAGCACCCAUCUACGGUGAAAACUACACAGCAUCAAUCUACGGUGGAAACUACACAGCACCCGUCAACGGUAAAGACUACAAAGUAUCAAACUACGUUCGGAACUACACAGCCUAUAUCUACGAAGAAAACUACUCUGUCUACAUCUACGAUGGAAACUACACAGCCUACAUCUACAGUGAAAACUACACAGCCUACAUCUACAGUGGAAACUACACAGGAGCCAUCUACGGCGAAAACUACACAGGGGCCAUCUACGGUAAAGACUACAAAGUCUCAAUCUACGUUACAAAGUACACAGCCUUCAACAAUAUCACAAACUACUGUACGAACUACUAAGGCGCC